AUGGCGACCAAAUGUGGGAAGUGCGGACCUGGCUACCCUUCCCCUCUGGAGGCCAUGAAAGGACCCAGGGAGGAGCUUGUCUACGUGCCCUGCAUUUACCGGAACACGGGCACUGAAGCCCCGGAUUACCUGGCCACUGUGGAUGUUAACCCCAAGUCUCCCCAGUAUUCCCAGGUCAUCCACCGGCUGCCCGUGCCCAACCUGAAGGACGAACUGCAUCACUCAGGAUGGAACACCUGCAGCAGCUGCUUCGGGGACAGCACCAAGUCGCGCACCAAGCUGGUGCUACCCAGUCUUAUCUCCUCCCGAGUCUAUGUGGUGGACGUGGCCACCGAGCCCCGCGCUCCAAAGCUGCACAAGGUCAUUGAGCCCAAGGAGAUCCAUGCCAAGUGUGACCUGGGCUACCUCCACACCAGUCACUGUCUGGCCAGUGGGGAGGUGAUGAUCAGUGCCCUGGGAGACCCCAAGGGCAACAGCAAAGGGGGUUUUGUGCUCCUGGAUGGAGAGACAUUUGAGGUGAAGGGGACGUGGGAGCGGCCUGGAGGUGCUGCGCCUAUGGGCUAUGACUUCUGGUACCAACCUCGACACAAUGUCAUGAUCAGUACUGAAUGGGCAGCUCCCAAUGUCUUACGAGAUGGCUUCAACCCUGCUGAUGUAGAGGCAGGGCUGUAUGGGCAAUGCUUACACGUGUGGGACUGGCAGCGCCAUGAGAGGGUGCAGACCCUGACUCUGCAGGACGGUCUCAUCCCCCUGGAGAUCCGCUUCCUGCACAACCCGGCCGCUGAUCAGGGCUUCGUGGGCUGUGCCCUUGGCUCCAACAUCCAGCGCUUCUACAAGAACCAGGGAGGGACUUGGUCAGUGGAGAAGGUGAUCCAGGUGCCCCCCAAGAAAGUGAAGGGCUGGAUACUGCCUGAAAUGCCAAGCCUGAUCACUGACAUCCUGCUGUCCCUGGAUGACCGCUUUCUCUACUUCAGCAACUGGCUGCACGGGGACCUGAGACAGUACGACAUCUCUGACCCCAAGAGGCCCCGCCUCGCGGGACAGAUUUUCCUCGGGGGCAGCAUUGUUAAGGGAGGCCCUGUGCAGGUCUUGGAGGACCAGGAGCUAAAAUGCCAGCCAGAGCCCCUGGUGGUCAAGGGGAAGCGAGUGGCUGGAGGCCCUCAGAUGAUCCAGCUCAGCUUGGAUGGGACACGUCUCUAUGUCACCACAUCGCUGUACAGUGCCUGGGACAAGCAGUUUUACCCUGAUCUCAUCAGGGAAGGCUCUGUGAUGCUGCAGAUCGACGUAGACACAGUCAGGGGAGGGCUGAAGCUGAACCCCAACUUCCUGGUGGAUUUUGGGAAGGAGCCCCUUGGCCCAGCCCUGGCCCAUGAGCUCCGCUACCCUGGGGGCGACUGCAGCUCUGACAUCUGGCUCUGA